CCCUUAAACCCUGCAUAAGACAAACGAGAAUUCUAAAACCCUGGAAAGGGCCUUCCACUCCUCCUUCAGCAAAAUCUCACGAUGAUUUCCUCUCCUCAUUUCUUCUUGCUCUUUAACCGUCUGAUGAGAAGGUCCAUCGUGCCCCAUCACCCUCGAAUCUGGGCCGUUCGAUCGUACUACUCCAGGAGCUCCCCGCGCACAAACCUCCACUCGAGGAUCAGCCCCUUAGGGAACCCUAAACAGAGCGUCGUACCGGAGCUCGAUGGAUGGGCGGAGAGUGGGAAGCGGGUCCACGUCCCGGAGCUCCGCCGGAUCAUCCUCGACCUACGGAAGCGCCGCAGAUUCACGCACGCACUCCAGGUUUCCGAAUGGAUGGGUGGCAAAGGUGGUUUUGUAUUAAUGCCAAGCGACCAUGCUGUGCGGUUGGAUCUGAUCGGUAAGAUCCACGGUGUGGCCGCUGCUGAGAGCUACUUCCAGAGCUUGAGCGAAGAAAACAAGACCGAAAAGACCUACGGCUCUCUCUUGAACUGUUACGUCCGAGAGCAUCUGAUUGAGAAGUCCCUGUCCCAUAUGCAGAAGAUGAAGGACUUGGGUUUCGCAUCAGUGGCUCUCCCCUACAACGACCUCAUGUGCCUCUACACGAACACAGACCAGCACGAGAAGGUCCCAGACGUGCUGGCCGAGAUGAAGGAGAAUGAUGUCCCACCUGACAAUUUCAGCUAUACGAUUUGCAUGAACUCAUAUGGGGCAAGGUCUGAUAUUGACGGGAUGGAGAUGGUUCUAGAAGAAAUGGAGUGCCAGCCCCACAUCACCGUCGAAUGGAAUACAUAUGCUUUGGUGGCCAACAUCUACAUAAAAGCGGGCCUUACUGAUAAGGCAGUCACUGCUUUAAAGAAAUCAGAAGAGAAGCUUGUAGGAAACAGAGAUGGUGAGGGCUACAACCAUCUGAUCUCUCACUAUAGCAGCCUUGGCAAUAAGGAGGAGGUGCUGAGGCUAUUGAAGCUACAGAAAGCAUCUUGUAAGAGGCUCGUUAACAAGGAUUAUAAAAGCAUUCUCGGGUCAUUGAUGAAGAUGGAGGAGUUUGAAGAGGCUGAAGCUUUGCUGAAAGAAUGGGAGGUGGCUGGAAAUUGCUACGAUCUCCACGUGCCUAAUGUGGUUCUUAAUGGGUAUUGCCAAAAGGGGGCAGUGAAAAAGGCUGAGAUGAUGAUAGAAGAGCUGGUGAAAAUGGGGAAGUGUCCGAUCUCGAGCAGUUACGGGAUUGUGGCGGCGGGGUAUGCGGAUAGAGGCAAGAUGGGGAAGGCUGUGGAAUUUAUGAAGCGGGCCUUUGCGGCAGCCCCUGGAAAUGAAGGGUGGAAGCCAAAGCCAAAGGUGGUUACGAAGAUAUUGGACUGGUUUGGUGAGGAAGGCGAUGUUGAAGGGGUGGAAGCUUUUGUGGGUUUGUUGAGUACGGCAAUUGGUAUGAAUAGAGAGAUGUAUCAUGCGUUGAUCAGGGCGAGUAUCAAAGCAGGGAGAGAUGUUGAUGGGAUUCUGAGCAGAAUGAAAAUUGAUAACAUAGACGUAAAUGGAGAAACGAAGAAGAUUCUCAGUUCAAGGCAAGUGACUGAAGGAUUGAACGGUUAGAUCAGUGAACCGAUGGUUAGAAUUGUGAUGGGUGGUUUCUCUUUCCAGGCCAUUUGAUUGCAAUGGUUAGUUUUUGCGUUGGAUCAGUGAGUUCUGGAAGCUGAGACUGGUUGCUGCUGCUUUUUUGGUAAGAACUCAAGGGAGAAAUUCUAAAGACUUU